AUGGGGCCAUGUGGAGAAGAGUUAGAAGAAAUAGAAGAAGGGGAAGUAGUAAAAGGUUGGCUAAAUGCUACUCCUGGGAAAACAAGCAAGAGCCCCAAGACUAAAUCUCUUGAGUAUGGUCAGGUGAAAAUAGCAACGCGAUUCUCAGCUUUGGUUGAUGUGGAUGAUAAUGGCAACUUAAGGGAUCAGGAAGAAGGAAUGGACAAGGGAGUCGUUGAAGGUUCUACAGGUUUUGAAAUUACUGAAGUUAAUGAAGCUACUGAUGUUAAUGUUACUGAAGUUGCUGAGGUUACUGAAGCUGUUGAGGUUACUGAAGUUAAUGAAGUUACUGAAGUCUUUAAGGCUACUGAAGUUUUGGAGGAUGCUACUGAAGUUCUGGAGGAUGAUAACACUAAAGCUACUGAAGAUACAGAUAGUAAUGGAAGGGUGGUAGUAGAGGAUAUGAAGAAGAAAACUGAUGCGCAUACUGAGCCGAGAACUGCAGAAAGGAUCAGUUUUGCAGAUAAGGUUAAACAAGGAAUGAUUGCGGAGAACUCUGGGGCAUCUAAUAAGGGGCUUCAGUUUGGAGCGCUGCUGGAAACUAGAGUAAAGGAAAGUAAGUCGGAGCGUAUAGUUUCAUCAGUUUUUAAGGGCUGGUCUUUUGUAAAUAACUAUGAGUUCAAUCGGAAAGGAAGAAUCUGGGUUCUUUGGAGUCCACAGAUGAGGGUCACACCAGUUUUUAAGUCAGAUCAGAUGAUAACGGUUUCUGUUCUUGCGGAGGGGGAAACAGAGGAGUUCUUAUGUUCCUUUGUCUAUGCAGAAAACACAAUUGAAAGGAGGAAGGAGCUAUGGGACGACAUUAAAGCUCAUCAGAACUCUCCUAUGUUCAGAAAUAAGGAAUGGAUCAUCAUGGGGGAUUUUAACGAUAUACUUGAAGAAGAUGAACACUCGAAUCACCAAGUUGCGGGUCUAUCUACACCUGGAAUGAGGGAUUUUGAAGAAGUCAUUCAAUAUUGCAGUCUAACUGACAUGGGGUAUCAGGGGCCAAAAUUUACGUGGUGUAACAAGCGCGAAGAAGGGAUCAUAUGCAAGAAGCUGGACCGAAUUUUGGUUAAUGAAACCUGGUUAAAUCAACGCACUCAAGCAUAUGGGGUUUUUGAGGCAGGAGGUUGUUCUGAUCAUCUCAGGGGACGAUUCCAUCUGAAACCUGAGGCAACAGGGAAACAGAAGCCUUUCAAAUUCACUAAUGCUCUCGCAGAAAUGCCAGAGCUUCUUGCUGUUGUUAAAGACUACUGGAAAGACACACAGCCUUUGUUUGUCUCAACGUCUGCGCUAUACCGCUUCUCAAAGUCUCUCAAAGCUCUAAAGCCUUUGAUUAGACACUUGAGUAAAGCAAAGUUGGGUGAAUUAUCAAGGAAGGUUAAAGAAGCUUACCAGGAACUUCGCGAUAAACAAGAGAAAGUGCUUAACGACCCGAGCCAAGACACCACACGAGCAGAGUUGGUGGCAGCUGAGAGAUGGCAGAGAAUCUCAGCAAUUGAAGAGAAACUUCUAUAACAACGGUCGA